UUGAUCUCAACAGGCUAGGGAGGGGGAUAUCAGAGAGGAAAGGACCAGCGAAGGCGAUUUGGGGAGAAGGGGGAAUAAAAAAAUAAAAGAACAGCCAUCCUCUCUCCUCCGGCUCUCUGCUCCGGUCUGAACAGGAGAAUAUGUGGAUGAACUUGUCCUCGCCGUCACGGCAGUGAGUCCUCCCGUCCGCAUGAACUCUCCGACUCAAGCCGUGUGAAGUUGUGGAUUACAUUGCGUUCCCGGACCCCGCGUCGGACCACUGAAAGGAUGGAGACUCUGGGAGGAGAAGCUUAAGGUGCUGCUCACAAAAGGAUGCGCCCAUAAAAAAUGACAGAUACUCCUGCUGAAAGCCAGUCUGAGGGAACCUCAUCCCCUUAAAGCUACAACCAGAAGAAAACACAGAGAAGAGGAAUCAUUGAGAGAAAGGAGCCUUUUCCCAGUUCUCAACACUUUACACCUUGGCCUCGGUAAAACAUUAAAAAGAUUUGGUAUCACUGCCACACAAAUGUGGACCUCCCAAAACAUUGUCAUCAAAUAACCUCACCCAGUAAAAAAAAUAAAUAGAAUAAAAGAGAUAAUUCUCAAAGAACUGUAUAGCCAUGUCUGAUCACAAAGACAUGACAAAUCGCCAUCUAAGGCACAAGCUGCAGACUCUAGGCCGAAGGUUGGACGAGCUGGAGGAGGCCACCAACAAACUGCAGAGGUCUGAGGAUGAACUGCUUGACCUGCAGGACAAGAUUAUCCAGGCAGAAGGUAGCAGCUCCUUGCUGCUUGGGGAUGUGGAGGCUCUGAGGAAACGUCUCUUGAAGAUCCAGGGGAAGGAUGAGGAGGUACGCAAAGCCGAGGACCUUUGCCGCACAGUGAGAGAGAAACUGGAAGAAGAAGAGAACCUUACCAAGGAGCUGAAGGCUGAGAUUGAACGUCUUCAGCGGAGGAUGUCUGAGCUGGAGAAACUGGAAGAAGCUUUUGGGAAAAGUAAGUCAGACUGUAGCCAGCUUUGCCUCAGCCUUAACGAGGAGAAGAACUUGACCAAGAAGCUCUCAUCAGAGUUGGAAGCCCUCAAGGCCCGUUUGAAGGAGAUUGAGGGGUCAGAGGCAAAACUGGAUAGGACAGAGCAAGCCUUAGCUGUGGAAUUGGAGAAACUCAAAGGAUUCACCCAGACCUUUAUGAGUGAACGUAAGAGACUGCUAGAGAAACAGAGGGAAGAUGAGAAGCUCAUUCUGAAGCUGACAGAAAAACUGGAGCCCCAGAAGAAUCGCCUCGGCAUGUCAGCAGACCCUGGUCGUGCAGAUUUCAUGAGGUCACGAAUUGAAGAUGAGCUGUCUUCCACAGGCCUCCUCACCAGCAAGCUGACCGGGCGUAAGAAGAGCCUUGACUACCUGAAGCUGGGCGAUGAAAAUAUCGGUCUCAGGAACAAAUCGGAGAAUGAGAAAAACAGCAGUCUAGAAGGCUCGCAGGAGGAGGACAACAAAGUGAAGGAGUUGACCCUGGAGGUAGAGAGGCUGAAGAAUCGCCUCAAACAGCUGGAGUUAGUGGAGGAGGACCUCAAGAACUCCGAGUCCAAGAAUGGAGAACUCCAUGAGAAGUUCCAGAUGGAGCGUAACCGGGCUCGCCAACUCAGUGAGCAAGUGGAAGAGCUCAGGACGCAGCUCUGUGAAAGUGGGGGAAUUGGAGGAAAAGGAACUGGUAAUGUUGAUAAACAUGGAAAUGGAAGCAGUAAUAUUUGCCCAAACAGCCCUGCUAAGGUCCUGGAAAAUGGCAAGGCUGAGAGCGAAGAGAUUAAUGUGAAAGGAGGUUUCAGACAGGAGAAACCCAAAUACAGGAGUGCUGCUGCUGUCUCAGAACCAAGCUCCCCCAAAUACAGGAACAGGGAGCUUUCUCCUCAGCACAAGAGAGAGACCAAGUUGAGGAGCAAAGAGCUGAGCCAUUCAGAAGAGAGCUCUCCUAAGGUGGCUAGGAGAGCCCUCAGUCCUGCUCACAAGAGCAGGAGGACACCCAAAACCCCAACUACUACUACUCUGUCUGAUAAUGGAAUAAGAGACACAGGAAGAGGAACAGAAGAUAAGACAAGAGGAGCCACUCCAAGCUCUGUAAAUGUAUCUUCAAGCGAUGCCAAGAAAGUAUCUGUCCUCAGUCGCUACCCUCCAGCGGCCAAUGACCAGAAGCCAUGGAGGGCAACUCAGAAACAGAGCGAUAUCGAUAGUAAAAAGAACAGAGGAGACAGGUUUUCAAAGUUGGAUGUUGGUAGUGAUAGUGAGUCAAACAACUCUGAUGUUGUAGCUGAAAGCUCCAAUAAAGUCAACAGCGUCUGUGCACUAGAGAAGGAUACCGCAUCUGCCUCAGAUCAGGAGUCACUGGACCAGGUUCAGGAUUCUACCCCUGUCCCUGUCUCCAUCUCCAGCCUGUCCAAAGCUAAUGGAUCCUACACAGCCUAUAGAUCCCAUGUCACUCCACUGCUGCCCAAUGACCAGGGGUCAGAGGGUCAUUCCUCUGCCUCUGAAACAGAAUCAACAGGGUCAAGGCCCUCUGAACCAGAACCUGUGACUGAGGUGACUACUACAACUGUAAGCAGUAGGACUGCAACAUCCAAGUAUCCUAGAUACACCCAUGUUCAUGAGUCGCACUCAGAGGGUUCCUCCUCCAGGAGCUCGUUUGAUGAAGAGCUCCAUAGCAGAUCGCUCUUAGCUGAUGGCGGUUCCCAGGAGCCCACACAUACUCCAUCAGGGAUCGAGAUCCGGCGAGUGUGCAGCCCCCGCGAAGCACUGAGAUCAAAAGCUGUCAUCAAGCCUGCCAUUGUUGAGAUUGAAAGGAAGGAAGUGAUGACGUCAGACCCUUUGGCUACCAAUGGCAAACCCAAAAUCUCCACAAAACCAAUUGUGACCACCACUAGUAAGAUGACCAGUAGUAUAACCAUCUAUCCUAACGACCCAAGCUCUUCCAGAACCAGCAGCCGCAGCAGCAGCGUGUCCAGCGAACCCACACCCAUUAAAGAACGCCACACCUCCACCAGUAACAUCCUCAUAGGCCCCAGCAGUGAGCAUCGUGGCAGCAUCUCAGUCCCAUAUGAGAUCUCAAUCCCCAAGAGUGAGAUCACCCUGCGGUCCUGCCAGGACCAGGGCUGUGGGGCAGAAGACCAAGACGACCCUUUGUCAGGCUCCAGCCUGCAUGACACUUCUAGACUGGAGACCACCGCCAGCCGGCUCUCCUCUCAACGCUGCAAUCUCAACCUCCAGGCCACUGACACCACCUCCACAGAUUUCAAUGACACAGAGUCAGGCUUCGAAAGCAGCAGCAGUAGCAGCACAACCACGGUCACCAGCUGGAGAAGUCAUAGGCACCGCCAGCACUCCCAGGAAGACAGUUUACCAGAGAUGAGGAAUGUGACUGUGAGAAGCACCUGGAAGAACCGGGGUGCUGCGUCUGUGGAUGAGAUGGGCAGCCAAGGAAGAGGGGGUCCAAGGAUGAUGAUGGGGGAUUGUGGAUCAGAGGAUGAGACAGAAGCCUCGACCACAUGGAGGGCCUACCGUGCGACUACCGUACUCGACACAGAUGAAACAGUGAGCAGUGGUACAGGAACUGCAGCAGCACAGAAAGGAGCUAAGCCAUCCCCUGCAGAGGUAUACAUGCGGAGGAUCAACAGUGUGGUUACUAGCACCAGGGAGGUCCAGGAACCUGGGGCCCGCCGUGGCAAACAUUCCCAGUCUCCCACCAUGGAGGCAGGGGGCUUAGGAAGGACCAUACCCCACGAGCCAGUCACCUCUCAGUCCUGGGGCCGUUCAUACACACAGCAGCCCAUGGCUGCUGACAGCAUGGAGCCCAGUCCCAGCCCCAGCCACAGUCCAGCCUCCUGGAGACGGCAGGCAUCCAGCAGCGACUCACACCACAUGGGGAGCGCCUAUGAUCGGACAUCCAAGAUGGCAGGGGCCUCCUCCAGAGGGGAGCUGUGGGGAUCCAGCAGGGGUCAAGGGUCAGGGGCUCGAGCUGAGGGGAGGAGUGGAGCAGGGAACAGAUCUUGGAGCCACCGCCAGUCUGAACAUCACUAGACUGGCCUGAUCUGAGCAGGACAUCCAUAGUAUAGAGGGCAGCACUCCAUUAAUCUCUCGACUGCAAAAGGAGGGCCAAACCCCAGUCUCCCAUGUACCAGAGGCUACAUCCAUUACCACCUAUCUCCAACAGACAGCAUCUGCUGCUUUUAUCACAGGCAAAGAAAAGGAAAAAAAAUAGCAGUUGCAGCCAUACAGAACAACCAACCACUGACUUGACAUCCUUAACUCUGACCCUGAGUAUACACUAAGACAUGGACAGCCCUUCCUCUCCGGAACUUUCUCUGUCCCGUAAGAGGCAUAAACACAGAGGGGGAGAGUCCAGUGCCUGUACAGUGUUUUGGAGGUCGCCUCACCAGCCCGUGUAUCCUCUUCUGCUUCUUGCGUUGGAUGUAUUAUAGUGUAAUCCCGAGACUUGACAAGGGAGAGGCUGGCUGGCAUGCUGGGAUGGCUGGAGAUUUCUGAUUCGCCAGGUUUUAGAAGGAGCUAGGGGAAGAGAGAAUGUGAGGCACUUGGGAUGCCUUUCAGAGUGGACCAUUACCGUGACCCCCCCACCUCCCGGGCUCAAACUAGAAAUUCAACUUUUAUCACUGUAAAAACAUCCCAAUCUCCAGCCAGACACUGUCGGAAGAUGAAAGAUGCGUCUUCUCACAGAGUUGGACCGUCAUGCAGAAAUCUUCCCAAAUCAAAGGAUUCAUAAAAUGUGACCAAAAACAGGAAGCGAAUUACCCACCUUACAGACAUGUAUUAUGAUGUAAACUUUUUUUGUUUGUUUGUUUGUUUGCAUUUGCUUAGACGACAAUGCCAGCCAUUAUUUCUUUUAUUCUAGGAUUUUUUUUUUUAUUCCUCACACAAUCAGACACACAUAUAAGCAAACCCUCACAAACACAUAUGCAUGUACACACUGCAUGCAAACACAUGCACACACAUUUUUACUAUUAAGAUUCAUUUUUAGCCCAAACCUCGCUUCAGCAUGCGGUGACCUCAAGCUGGAUUUAAUGUUGGGGUCUAAGAAGUGUAGAGAACAUUUGCAUGUUUGUAGGAAAUAAAUGAAGAGCACUUGGAGAAUCGUGACUCAAUAUGCACUCUGCUUUAAGGAUGAUGGGUUGGCAUCAUUUUAAGAGGACUCGCACAGACCCACAUUAUUUCUCAUUACUUACUCAUGCUUCAUGCCAUUUUCACCAGUUAUUUUGAUUCUCAGUAAUUCGCUUCCUGUUGAGCACCAACCUUUCUUUUUCUGCUUUAUCAAAACAAGAAAUGUUUGCACUCUACAAUGGAAUGCAAUACACUUUAAAAAGAAAAAAAAAAGUAAAAGAACAAGUUGGGUGCAUUAUUGUUCACAACCUCAGUCUACGCUAAAUUGUCCUCCUUCGUGCAGUUUGAGAGAGCCACAGCAAAAUGGAGCUUCUGUUUGAACUGAACAUUUGAACUUGGAGUACCAGCAAACUUGGCCUGGCAAGAUGGACGUGUUUUCAGUGCUGCUGUAAAUAUACACACCAGCAAAUCAUAGGAAGAUACAAGUUUGGUUUGGUUGGACUUGGGCAUUGCACCUCCAACCACAAGGAACGGACACGCCAGCUUGUAUGUGACUGGGUUCGCCGUGCGAAUCGUCCUAACUUCUCUCCUUUUUUUAUUUCUAUAGAGGUGUAUUAUUUUGUUACAAUAUAAAAUCUCAACUUCUGGUUGGUAGGUUGGAGGAAUAUCUUUUCUCUCUCAUUGGCUGGGGCCAUAGCAAGCAUGGGGGUGCCAUAGAAACUCAGAUUUAGUCGUUGGCCAGUAUCAAGUAGGGUGUACUCAUUGAGGUAAAGUGUUUUAGGAUGUGAAAAUGACAAUCUAGUGCAUCACUAUGACCGAAACCUCGUCUACAUUGUCAAACUUUGUCUGCUUGUUCUGUAAAGUUUCCUUCUUGGACAGGCUACUGCUGGCUUUCUGACACUGUAACACUACAGGCAAUGCCAACUUUGCGAACUCUCCCUUAAAAAAAAAAAAAAAAAAAUACAACUGUUGAUGGGAUGGGGUGUCAUGUUGCUUUUGGAAUGCAGCUUAGAAUGGCCUGUUGGUUGAUGGCUUGAUCUUUGCCAUUGCUAAAGAGCACCAAUGCAGUGCCAUCACCUUCUCUUUCCUCUAAAUCUCCUUAAUGGGAGACAGUGUAUCGUAGCUGUAAAUGAGAUCUUUUGAGAGACAUAGGACGUGGGGUGAAGAACUUGUUUUUUGAAGCCCAGUCUCCAUUUUGUCCCUCUGCUGUGAUGGAUUUCAUUGCUGUUGUGUCAGACUCUGGUGGGAAUGACCUGUUUCCUCUCAGUUUGUUUCUCAGUUCUCCAAUCUAUUCUACCAGCCACCAGCUUUUUGCUCCAUACCAUCUAACUGUAAUAUUUAUUAGUCCCCACAUAUACAUAUAUAAAUAUAUAUCCAUGUUGUUUUAUUGUGAAGAAGUCAGCUUGGUGGCAGGACUUCAAUUUGUGACAGGCCUGCGGCUUUGACAGUUCACUGUUUAUGCAAGCAGGAGAAAGUCAUUACAUGCAAUCAUAAAACGUUCCACCCUUGCGUUGCCUGUAACUACUUCAGAGCCAUGCAUUACUUCAUUAACUGUGUGACGAUACGAGGGGAGGACUGUAUAGCCCGCUAAGUCCAAACUCACUGGUUUUGUUUCCGUUCAGUAUGUACAUUUUUAUAUUCUUUCACUGGUCAUUCAUGCUGUGCUUUCUCUCCUUUAGCCCCUUUUUAGAAAUAUCUGUGUACAUUGGUGCCUUGAGUUAGGACAGGUGGAAUGUCCCAGUAAAUUCAGUCACACUAUAUUCCUCCACUUGCUGUACAGACAAAUGAUAUAAAUAUGGGUUGUAAGGUUAGAUUUUUCCUUUUCUUUUUUUUUUUUUUGUAGCGAUUAUGCAGAUUGUUAUGGUAUUUAGAUUCAAGUGAAGAACAUUUUCAAAAAGACUUCUGUGAGAAUUUUUUUUUAAAACCCCUUUUUCAAAGGACCCCUCAAAAGAAUGUAGACCGCACCGCCCAAACAGUUGAGUCCUUUGGAUUCGUCUGUCAGAGUCCCAGGGUGCCGCACGGCUUCAGAAAGUCUUGCCAUGUGGCCUUUUUGAAAGCCACUGCCGGCUUCACGACUUCAUGUGUUCAGAGCAUAAACAAAUCAGCCAUACUGUUAAGAGCCCUUAUGCCAACACUUGAUGACAACAUGGUCCUUUGACUCUGCACUCCUUCGGAAGCUUUAUCUGUUAUUGUUGCUGCCACUACUUUUCUCAUUCAGUUAUAAAGUAAACACCAAUAUUUUUCCCAGCUUUUCAACGUUGCCCAAUCUUCUUUUUAGUUAUUUGGAGAAGCCAAGUGUUAGAGAAGUCCACCUCUCCCUCCCUUCCUCCUUUCCUCAAGGAAUGCCUUGUUUCUUAAGAGCAGUUGAUAUGUGUUGCCAGUUCUUAGAUAGUGAUGUACAGCCCCCACCACCACCACCCCCCAAAAGGUCAGAGGUCAGCGCUGCAUCUAAUCCUGUCUCUUCUUCUUGACUCAGGGCUUCUAAAUACAGGAAAGAGGAAGACAGACAGCUUGGCAGUGAUGUCCGCUUUAGGGAUGAUUAAAACAGAGGGGGAUAUCAGAUGUCCGGCUCUGCCAGUGUUGCCCUGCCAGAAACGCACGUGGUCGUUGUCUGUCAGUGUGUUUCCAUGCAGUGUUGUUAUUAAUAUGUCAGCGCGGGCUCUCAUUUAAAGCCUGACAUGUGAACGUUGUUAGCUGCUGUAUCUCCCCCUAGACGCGGUAAGAAGGUGCUGAAGGACUAAUGUGUGAGUUAAUGUGCAUCAUGUGCGCGCACGUGUGUUUCUCAGAGUGUGGCAGAGACUGUGCGGCCGGGGAUUUUUUUUUUUUUUUUUUUUUUUUAUAGAGGUUGACGUCACUUUGGCUCAGGCUCGUAUAGCAACUGGUGAUGCAAGUCCUGACACCCGUGACCCCCUCACAACUCAUCCUGUUUUACUGCCCCCUACAUCCUCACCCACCCACGCUUUUCCUGUCCCACCUGCCCCCCUCCACCCCUGCCCAAUCCGACAAUCUCUCAUGCAGUCAAUCCGAGUUUCCCUUAUUCUUGCUGCAACGACACAACCUCUGCUGCGUUCCUCCAGCCCUCCGCCCCCCUUUGUCUCUCCGCAAAUCCUCUUUCCUUUUGUUCCCGACCUCCUCUUGCACUUCGCAACCUCUAACUCCUUCCACACCUUUAACUCACUAACACCAUAUCUAACACCCCUCCGAAAUCUGUCAGAAGAAAGUGUUUGAGUCGGGGUCCCGGGAAGAGCACAGCUGUCGGAAACUGUAGGUUUUAUGUGCAUUGGAGGGCUUCCCUGCCAGAGACAGGGCUUCAAAGAAAGCAGGGCUUUUCAAAGGGCAAAGCUGAAACUCCAUCCUCUGCUAUGCGCGCCUGCCGCUCCUCCUCACCGGGCCCCAAAGUACACGAAUACUGUUGUGGUAACUGUGCUAUACAUCACACUCCGUCCGCUGCUACCUAGCUGGACACUGUGUGCCAGGACGAGGACCAGGGAACGGCCUUCACGUGAACUCGGUUUACUACCCGCAUAAUUCAGGUUUUAUCCAGCGCUUAAAACGGUCAGAGCCUCUAGAGUGUUGACAUGAUGGAAUGUACUCACUGGUCAUCGGGGACAUGAGUGACGACAUUACAGGUUUCAGGGCUUUUUUUUUUUUUUUUUUUUUUUGUGGUGCUAUAAAGACACAACUGGAUGCUGUUUCAGAGUUUGUCGGCUCCUUUUGUCCCUGACUGAUCUCAGUUUUGCAGAACAUAUUGCUGGCUCAGAUAUUCAGUCAAUAUGAUAACUGCUUUUGGAGCGGAUAACCUAAGAUUGGGUCUUGAGUGAUGUGAUUGAUGCUUGCAAGGAGAAGAGGUGGCUAUGUCAGACUGUGGAGACUCUAGCUUAGCAGUUAUUAGAAAUCCUCUCAACUUCUGGUGGUGUAUGUAUAAACAUCAGUUUUAAGUCAUUGUUCCCUUCCCUGUAUAAAUUAGUCUAGAAUGUACUUAGCGGAGAUCGGAGGAAAUGGCUGACGCUUGUCCUCAAAGGCCUCCAUUGUAAAGCCAGGGUCAUGGUGUCAAUGUGUGUUGUAGACCUUAAUCUGCACUUAACCAGCACUUAACUUUAAGACCUCAAACAAUUUAAUGCCCCCUUAGUCCCCUUUUCAAAAGUUGCCCUGCCUUUUUUUUUUUGUUUUUGUGUUUGUGUCCCAGAAUUGUACGCCAAUCUAUUUUCAGUAGUUGUUUGCUGAAUGUACAGUACCAUAGUCAAAAAUUGUUUGUGAAUAAGUAAUAAUGUGUUUUUUUUUUUUUUUUUUUUGCACCGGCCAAAUUGAAUUUAAACGUUGCUUAGAGUAACUAUUUAAAAAAAAAAAAAAAA